AUGACCACCACCAAAACCAAAAGAUACGUUCGCGAAGACGGUCGCUUACUCGACACGCUCCGCGAACAAACGUCGGUGUUAAACACCAUCACUCGAUCGACGUCUUCGUGCGAGUGGCACUCCGACGAGACGAAAGUUGUCUGCUCGAUUCAAGGCCCGAGAGAACUCCAAUUCUCCUCGCUCUCUCAGAGCAAAGAAGACGGAGAACGGCUGGUCGUGGAAAGUUACUGCAAGUUACUUCCUUCGAAAAAUGACGACGAGGACGACGGGUCGUCCUUCGACGACCCUUUGAAGGAGGAAAAAGAGAAGGAAAGAACGACGGAACAGUUUGUGAAAUCCUGCGCAAAGGCGGCGAUUGAGUUGGAGAAAAACGCCUCGUUUGGUCUCAUUGUGAGCGUGCAAGAGCUGAAAAACGACGGGAGUUUUCUCUCCUGCGCGUUAAAUGCGGUCGGGUUAGCGUUGAUUUUAUCUGGAGUCGAAACGAAAGGAUGGAUGUGCAGCUCGACCGCGUGUUUGAUGGAAAUGAGCAGUGGGAAAGGGGAGGGGGAGACACCCACAUUCGCGCUCGCGCUCGACCCGACGAGAGAGGAAGAGAUGAAAGCGAAAGCGACGAUGACGUGCGCGUUUUUAAUCAACGAAGAGACAGAGGAUAAAACGAUACUGCUAGGCACGAAGAUGCGUGGAAAAAUGACCGAGACGGAAGUGUUUGAAUGCGUGGCGUUGUGUAGAGAUGCGGCGACGAGCGUGUGUACGUAUUUCGAUCGAGUGUUGACGCUUCGCGAGAGAGAGUUCGAAGAGAGAUAUCGAAUCACCGACGAGAAGGUGGAAAAGUGGAAGAAGAUGAUGGAGAGCAUCGCGGAGGAGACAAAAACCAAGGCGGUAUGA